GCAGUUUGGAGGAGGAUGUCGAUGGCUCACAUGAUGGGUGAAAGAGGAGGUGAAUCCAGGAGAGCUGCUUUCUCUCAGACGGCUGGUCAGGAGGUUUGGAGACCCGGUUCUGAUGACCGUGAUCAGGAUCCGCUGCCAGACCCGACCCAGACACAGAGCCAGGAUCUUCCUGGAUAUUUAACACCUCUGUCUUCUGAGUCUGUUUCUGUGUCCACAGGUCAGGCUGACAGGAGGAGGACGAGGAAGAGCGGCAGCCAGAAGAGCCCGGAUGAUGGACGUCCGUUCACUUCAUCUAAACACUCUCGCAGAGGGUUGCUGUGCCCUCCGCUGCCCGGGCAAGUUCCUGUCGAGCCAACAGAGACUUCAAAUGGCCGAACUGCUCAGGGUGCCAUGGAGGCUUCUCCUGUGAACAAGAGCUCAACAGAAUCUAGGAAGAACGGAACGGGUUGUUUCCUCUACAGGCUCUGGAAGGCUGUGAAGUGUGUUUUCUGCUGCUGUUGCCACUGUAGUGCUGUGAACGUUGUGGAGCCUUUUGUUCCUCCAGCAGAUCUGGAGCCAGAGCCUGAUCCUGAUCCAUCAUCUCCUGCUCCUGAUCACUCCGGCGUCAAGACAAAUAAUGAGUCCUUUGAGUCUCUCUAUUGCGUUAUAAAGAUGAUUGGAUCUGGAGGAUUUGGCAGGGUGUACCAGGGAACACGCAAAUUUGAUGGCAAAAAGGUUGCCAUCAAGCGGAUUCGGAAGAUUGACAACAAUCGUUAUCUUAAUAUUCCUGGGCAUCCCGAACCUCUCGUUACAGAAGUGGCGCUGCUGAUGAUGAUGAGGCGAGAACCCAUAAGCCCCUUCGUCAUACAACUAUACGAGUGGUUUGAACAUCCUAAAGAAUUCACUCUGGUUAUGGAGUAUCCUGAACCCUACGAUAUCUUGCUGGACUUCAUCACUCGUAAUCAUCAAAUGCAUGAACCAACAGCACGGUUCAUCAUGCGACAGGCUGUGCUGGCAGUGCAACACUGCAUCCAUCAUGGGGUUUUCCACAAUGACAUCCAUGCGCAGAAUUUCCUGUUGAAGAGAGACCCGGUACAGCUCAAGCUGAUAGACUUUGGCUGCGGUCAGCUGUUUAGUAGAGAUGGCUACGAGAGCAACAUUUACAUUGGAGCACCGGAUUACUGCCCACCUGAAGUCUUGACAGAACCUCGAUUCCACGCCGUCCCAGCAAAUGUCUGGUCUCUAGGAGUGUUGUUGUACAAGAUGAUGAACGGAUGUUCUCCUUUUCGCAAUAGAAGAAAAAUCACACAAGCCAAAGUUACAUUUCUGAACCCCACCUUAUCCAAAAGAAAUGACAUACUUGCUGAGAGCUCUGAGCUCGAGACUCGACCCGAAGCCUGAAGUCCAACUCCAUCCUGACAGGAACUCAGAGUCUGUCCACGUCUGAGCAAGAACACGAGAGACUGCAAGACUGGAACGAAGUCAUCAAGUCAUCACACACACAUUUGCUUUGUUUUAAAGGUCAAGACAAGUCAUCUUCUACAAACAUUUGUGAAAGAAUGUGUCGCUCUCAGGAGCUCAGUGAAUUCAAGUGUGGUACCGUGAUAGGUUGCCAACUAUUCAUGAAAUUUCCUCACUAUUAAAUAUUCCACGGUCAACUGUUAGUGGU